AUGAGCUCCAAGUUGGAACAGGAGCUUGCAGAAUGCAUGGGAACCAAAUUUCGUGGAGGAAUAUUCGUCAAGAACGGUCUUCCCUUUGCAGUUUCAGGACAAUUAAGCAAAGAAGAAAAAGACUUUAUUUGCGAAUGGAACAAUGACUCUAUGAACUCGGAGGUAGUUGUUUUGGACAACAAUCAGCAUUCUAGACUGCUUCUUGGAACCAAGGAUGGUUACGUCGUCGGAUUUGCAUACAAGAAUGGUGACGAGGACACUCAGAACAAUCAUAACGAAACUUCCUCUUAA